AGUUGAGACAUAAGUGAUUGUGCUCUUACAGUUACAAUCAUUUGGUUGUCAUCUCCAUUUGAAAUGCCAUGGUUAGGUUAUGUAAUGUAACUUUGCUCUUAUCUCAUGUUGUCUGUGUGUGACUGCUGAUCUGUCAUACUAUAGAAAACAACACUAAUUAAUCAAGAUAAGAGUACAGCGCGUGCAACCUAGGUUAGAUAAUUUACUUCAGUAGAGCGUAUAGUAGUAGUACAGUGCUAGUACACUAUAAUUCGCUGUCCGUACUGCUGUUGUACUUAUACUAUACCCAUUAUUAUACCAUAUGUAAUUUAUUGUAUGAUGUGCGUGUAUAUACAUCUUAUUGUAUUCUCUUGUAUGAUUGGAGCUGCAUCCUUGUAGUGGUGUAUAUAGUCGAGUAGUUGUGUUCUUUGAUAUCUUCUUUAAUCUUCAGUAUUCUAGAUUAUCUGCAAGGCUGAAACGUGUAGCAGCUUCAUUGAUGUGAUAUUGAUCUUUUAAAACUUUUACUGAUUUGAUAGCUUGUUCGGAUGCGAGUGAUUAAACAGAAUCAUCAGACUCAUCUUAAUUAGAAGAGCCUAAUUCGUGGUGUUUUCAAUCCUAAUCCUUAGGAUUUAAAUUAGUUUUACUAUUGUUUGUACAAAUUAAUUAUACUAAUUAGUUCUACUAAGUUAAUGAUAAUGUACAAUGUACAUAAUGUUAGGGAUAGUAAUAUCCUGAUGCAGCCGAUAACUUGUAUAGUUAGUUGUAUAAAGGUUGCAUUGUAGACCCAUUAUCUGUCAACGAGGGCAGUAAUCGGUUGAGAAUAUCGGGGCAUGUUUUCAUCUGAACUGCUGGCAGUUCAGGCUUUAAAUUUGCUGGCAAUAAAGUAGUUAGAUACCAGUGUUACAGUAGUUAGUUACCAUUGUUACAGUAUUUAGUUACCUGCAGUGUUUCAGUAGUUAGUUACCAGUGUAAGUGAUAUAACUACUGACCGCAGUGCAACUUAUUUUCGCAUGUAUUUUCUUAAAUAGAUUAUUACGCGGUCUGUAUAAUAAAGUUUAGUUUUUUAGUUUUGCCUUUGGUUUGAGAAAUAAGAUCAGACAGUAGCUACUUGUUAAUGUAUUAACUAUUAGAGUAUAAGUAUAUGUACAUUGUACUAAGAGCAACAACUUGCGGGUGAACAUUUUAUGUCUCAAAUCCCGACAUAUUAUACAUCGUUGGAAAGAUCUCAUUGAGUAGAGUCACAUGGUACCAAGUUUUAGGCAAAUAGCUGCUCCUAGCGAAAGUAGCAACUUGUUAAUGUAUAAACUAUCAGUUGUUUAGACCUAAAUGUUUAUCGUGUAACCAACUAACCAUCCAACUCGAAUCAAAUCGUCGAUAAAUAGCGCUGACGUCAAAUGUCUUAAACUAGAGUAAUUUGCUGAAUAAAGUAACUGCUAACAACUGAAUACUCUAACUCUCUAAUACUUCAUUAAACUGAUAGGUGUGUAGCAAACUUUCUGACAUUUCAGAAUAUCUGGUAUUAAUUUCCUGGCCGAGAUAAAUUGGUUCUCAGUUUGGUUUAUCACUUUAUCUGCUGUUUAAUAUUAUGGUUUGCUGCUCAAGUUGCUCUCAAAUUCCCCAAAUAAAUAAUGACUUUCAGCUCUUGUCACCACCCCAAGCCACCACAGAUUUAUAUAUUUUCAUAUCUUUACCAGCAAAUACUGCAUGUAUUUAUUUAAUGAUAGUAAAAUGUUUAUUGAUAUUUACUGUUUGCGAACGCCGUAAUUGUAAAUAAUUGUUUAAUUAAACGAUUGUUCAAUUAUUUACUUUAUCUAAUUAAACAAUUGUUUUAAUCAGACUACAGUUCAUAUCACAAUAUUACACCCCAAUAGGUUGAAAAUAUUACACCCCAAUAGGUUGACAAUAUUACACCCCAAUAGGUUGACAAUAUUACACCCCAAUAGGCUGACAAUAUUACACCCCAAUAGGUUGACAAUAUUACACCCCAAUAGGCUGACAAUAUUACACCCCAAUAGGCUGACAGUAUUACACCCCAAUAGGUUGACAGUAUUACACCCCAAUAGGUUGACAAUAUUACACCCCAAUAGGCUGACAAUAUUACACCCCAAUAGGUUGACAAUAUUACACCCCAAUAGGCUGACAAUAUUACACCCCAAAAGGUUGACAAUAUUACACCCCAAUAGGUUGACAAUAUUACACCCCAAUAGGUUGACAAUAUUACACCCCAAUAGGUUGACAAUAUUACACCCCAAUAGGUUGACAAUAUUACACCCCAAUAGGUUGACAAUAUUACACCCCAAUAGGUUGACAAUAUUACACCCCAAUAGGUUGACAAUAUUACACCCCAAUAGGUUGACAAUAUUACACCCCAAUAGGUUGACAAUAUUACACCCCAAUAGGUUGACAAUAUUACACCCCAAUAGGUUGACAAUAUUACACUUCAAUAGGUUGACAAUAUUACACCCCAAUAGGUUGACAAUAUUACACCCCAAUAGGUUGACAAUAUUACACCCCAAUAGGUUGACAAUAUUACACCCCAAUAGGUUGACAAUAUUACAGCGAGCUCUCUGAUUGUCCAUGAUAGAGCUGGUCAUACAGCUCCUCGUCACUCUCGCCCUCCUCUUCGUCACCGUUUUCUUUACUAUCCCCUACAUCUUCCUACAUUGUAAAGCAUUCAAGUACAGGUUCCUCUUCUCUGGUGUCAUCAACUACCCCAGCAAACAAGACAAACAUCUGAGUGAUCCCUCCAAGUUUGGUCUAGAAAGGACAGCUAAUCAUGUUCUCGAGGUAGUAGACGAGGGGAGAAGUAGCAGAAAGCCAGGUAGAUUGGGUUUAUGGGUAGUGGAGCCGCUAGAUGAGGCAGCUCGGCAGCAGGUUCUGAUACUUUACUGUCAUGGUGCUUCCAGCAACAGAGGAAAGCCGCACCGAAUAGAGUUCUACAAAGUAUUCCAAUCACUCGGCUACACAGUAGUAACAUUUGACUACCGAGGGUUCGGGGACUCUAGAGGUUGUCGUGCUUCAGACGCUACAGUAGAAGCAGACUGUCGGCGAGUGUUGGAGUGGGCUGUCUCUCAGUUCCCUGACUAUCAAGUCGUGGUUUGGGGUCACUCUCUUGGCAGUGGCAUUUCCACAAAGUUCGUGCACGGUAUACAGUCUGAUAAGCUGGAAUCCCUUCAGAAAGUUCGGGGUUUAAUACUGGAAUCUGCGUUUAUAAGCGCUGAGGAAGCAGCUAAAAACUUCCCCGCUGCUAAAUACUGGAACUACUUUAAGAUUACCCGCGGUAGAAUCCCCAAAUCUAUGGAGGGAAUCUUUCCCACUGUCCGCCUCCUCCCUCAACUCCAACUACCUGUCUUUCUGGUACAUGCAGUAGACGAUAAGACCAUUCCUCACCAGCAUUCAGUAGUGCUGAGAAACACGUGCUCUGGGAAUGGCAAACUUGAUGUGCAGCUUCAUUCUGCUGCUUCUGGUGAGCAUAGGUUUGUGCAUCAAGACAAUGAGGCUAUACUGGCUGCUCAUCAGUUCAUUCAGAAAAUUAACAUAACUUUUUGAGAGAUCACAGAGUGGAACAGUUUUGUUGUGAAUAUUAUUAUUUGGAUUGUUAAACAGACAAUGUUUUGAUGCUUAUGAUUACAUUUUAUUUUUAAUUAAAUUUUGCCAAAAAUGACCAGUAUAAUAAAUGGCUGAUUUUAGUCGAAUUCUACAGAUGUGAAUUAAUUUUAAUGCGUAGAUGACGAAUUAUUUUGAUUAGCAAUGCCACAAAAAUUAAAUAAGGUAUUAUAUCAUUACUUAACAGUUAAGUUUACAGCUACAAUAUAACUAUAGCUGAUAAUAUUACAAAAGAAAAGAACCUAAUUGGGACCCUUUCUAUUAUUAUUCGUAAUUACUAUCCCUGUUUAUAAAUAUUUAUACUUAUUUCAAAAAGAAAAACAUUUGUUUUGUUC